CAACAGGAUUACCUCCGCGUCCACCGCAGCCAUAGAGACAACGUCCGUCCCGCUACGUACCGCGUCACCACUGCGUGCUUCUGUUGCCGAGCAACCGCAGACUCUACUGAACAGAGGACACAAAGCGAAGGCCCCUAAGCAAAGAUGCCCCGCUCUGCAGCCAAGUCCCAAGCCGGCAAGAGUAGACGGAUGUCAUCCGUCCCAGUGACCCCACUUCCAACGCAGGAGCUGGAAAUUAUUACUGGUCGCUUAACCCAAACCCAGUGGAAUAAGAUCUUGAUCCAGGAGGAAAAUGAUGAGAUAGUUGGGGAGAUUAUGGAUGAACUGUUGAGCAAAGUCAUGGACGGCUGUUUGAAGGUGUACGUUGAAAGACAGCUAGAACCUUUUUCCGCAUCUUGGGCCAAGAACUACCUCACACAGAUUUUAGAGCAACAAAUCAUGUGCCCGGAUGAGGGAGAAGGACCAGAGGAAGCAUCUAAAACUGAGGACUCAGAGCCAAUGCCAGCAACCUGCGAUGCCUGGGCUCAAGGAUGUGUGACUGUUGUCAUUGCUACUCCUCGAUUAUCUCAUCCUACUUCUGCACAACAGGAGGAUGAAGUUGUACAGGCCCCAGCACAAUCAGCACCAGGAGUCGACCAGCAAUGUGUUGUAAUGGCCCAAACAAACAGCUCUCCAAAGCAACCUGACAGGGAAACAAGUCCAAGGAGGCCUGUCAAUAACAAGCAAUGUAAAGUGCUUAUUCCUCGGCCCCCACCGAAAAUUGAUGUUAAGAAAAAGCAGCAGUUAAAUUUUCCACCUAAACCUGUUCCAGUCAAAUUGCCGCCCAUUCUGUCCUGUUCAGCAUUAAAAAACGAUGUGGAGGUAGAGGAUAAAAGAGGAGUAUAUUGUGUUUAUAACAACAUGUCUGGGCCAUCAUAUCAGUCUAAGGAAUACCAAUCCAUACCAAGACUUGAUUCCUCAUCCCUGCCUCGACACAGCAUCUUUCCUCAGUAUGAGAUUGUUGACAGUGACCAAACAAAACCCAAUCCCAAGAAACCAAGUCGAUUAUCCAAACUAGAGCCAAAAUACAAUAAGCAAAAAACUGAUUGGACAAUAACCACAGUGAUGCCACUGACCAGCUCCAAGGAUAAGCCUGCAAAGUUUCAGAGGAGAAAUGAGGCAGAUGUCUUUCUGAAGAAAUUGUCUCCCUUCAGACGGCGUCAGGAGGGGAUGGAGUUCUCUGGGUCUCUGAAGCUGGACACAAUGGUUUUGGCUAAGGGUGUUACCCUGAGGGAUCCCCAGGCGGUAGCAAGUAACCCUCUCACGUAGGGCUGUGCAACGUGGUCUCACGUGGCAUGUAAGAUAUCUUACGAAAAGUUAUGUACAAAUUUACAUAGAGAAUCCUAUGAAAUGCACAGCGCUACAAACAACAAGCUCGCCUGCGCAGACCUCUGCAUCAAUAUUCUCAAGCAAGAUGGCGGAGAUUGCUGUAUUCUUGGUGGAAAAUGCUA